ACCCUCCCCUCCCGGCUCAUGUCUCCUCUCUCAAGUUUCCUUUUAUUCUCUCCCUCUCUUUAUUCAAAUACUAUUUCACACACACACACAUAAUUUAUUCUCUCUGAUACCACUUUCAUGCUUCCUCUUCUUCUUCUUCUUCUUCUUAAGUUUCACCUUUUUACACUUGCUUAGACCACCAAUUCAACAAACUGAACCAGGCCGAUGGACAUAAAGAUUGCUCAUUCUCUUGCAAUAAUAUUCUUCUUCUUCAUACUACUCAGAUGUGCUCUGUCUUCAGGUUAUGGGAAAGAAUUGAAUAAGCACAGUGGACAGAUACCAACUCGAUUCUCCAUUUCAAUUAUAAGAAGGCAAAUGGAUGUAACAACUCCUAUAACAACAAUUCCAACACUAAAUCCCACCCCAACGACUACUAGUCCAGUAUUAAAUCCAACAGUCUCAAACCCCAACUCACCCUCCAAUACCAAUCCAACUAUGGCUCCAGCAACUACCACCACAACAUCUCCAUCAUCUUCGGGUGGUAGUUGGUGUGUUGCUAGUCAAUCAGCAUCACAAACUGCACUGCAGGUUGCAUUGGACUAUGCUUGUGGCUAUGGGGGUGCAGACUGCUCUGCCAUUCAGCCAGGCAGUGGCUGUUACAAUCCCAACACGCUUCGUGACCAUGCUUCUUUUGCAUUCAAUAAUUACUAUCAGAAGAAUCCGGUUCCUACAAGCUGCACUUUUGGUGGCGCUGCUAUUACUACUAGCACUGAUCCAAGUUCUGGUACUUGUCAAUACCCGACUACAAGCACAAUUUCAUCGGUCCUUAAUACCACUAAUUCAAAUGGUGCACCAGUUUUUGGUGCAGGACCUGCCAACCCCACAAGCUCCCCAGCCACUGUGCCUAGCCAAAGUCCGCUACAUAUCAGCUCAAUAAUUCUUAUAAUGAUGCUGCGAAGAGAUCAUUUAUGAGUGAUUUGCUUGCAGGAUUCAUCUUUUUGUCAUGAUCCGACCAGUGAGAGUAUGAGUCAUACAAGAACACGAGGUCAAAUGUUUGUUUAUAACACGUAAACACACAACUUGUUCUUGAGGAACAGAGGUCAUGCAUUUGUGCAAGUGGUCAUUCGUCAAUGUUUUACACGAGUGUCAGUUAAUUUCAUAUUGGCCACGAAAUGAGAAACUGCCAAGUUUUGGAAUGUGUAAAUCAGUACAAAGGCUUUAAUUUAAAAUCCGAGAUCACUUGUAAUCUUGUAUAGUCGAGAUGAAGUCUAUCAUACGUUGGCUGCUUUCUUUUACGAAUGAAACGAGGUACCGAGUUUGGAUUGGGUGUCAAUCA